GUUCACGGUUACGGUCUUGCUGUGCCUUGCUCUUUGCUCUUCCUCUUGAUGACAUGCGACUACUCCGACUCGUAUUUCUCGGAAUUCCCCCUCCUCGUAGUUGCCGGAGAAGGCCGUCUGCCCUCGACUGAUGUCCUCAACGACUCCAACGGUCGCGGUCCAUGCGAAAUGCGCAGCAAGUAUCUCAACGACUGUACUGUUAAACGACGAGACGACACUGACACGAAGGACACGCCAAUAACGCCAUGCACUUGCACAAAUCUCUACUUCAACCUCUGGAGCGCCUGCAUUUUCGUUCAAAACCACUUGGACAACACUACCCUUCCGUCAUGCGAGGCGCUUGUCCAGAAUUGCACUCGCGAGGCGCAUACGAUUGUCAACUGGAACAAGACUGCAGACUGGGGCUACCCGGGCUGGGUUUUCGCGAAGAUCCCGUCAAAUGGUACCUUCGAUAUCGCAGCCGCAAUCGAAGCUUCAACACCGCCCUCACACAAAUGGACCAUCAUCCAAAUUGUUGUCCCCAUCCUUGCCGGCCUUACCGUGGCUGUGAUCCUGCUCGUUAUAUUCAUCAUCUAUCGUCGACGGAAACGCGCUAAUAAAAACCGGCCGUGGAUGCAAACGACGGGAAAUAGAGCCCGCUUCAACUUCCCUUCACUUAGCCAAGCUGUCAAAGUUCGCGAGCUUGAUCGGAGCGAGUCUUGGAGCAUCGAAGAGGCAGAAGAGCCUCUGCAGGAAUACCAGUUCGUUUCGUACCCAAAUUCACUACAAGGAUCGCAUGCGAGUGGUCAUGUUCGGCUGUCGUCCUCGUCAUCUGGCACCCACCCGCCACCGCUUUCAAUCACGACUGGAAAGGCAGUACCGGCACGUGCUUCGCCGGGGCGAGGUUUGUGGUAUGGGGUUUCUUCGCAGACAAGGCGGCUGCUGGACAGCGUACCUUUUCCCUGGAGGGCGGCUAAACGGGUGCAUGUCAAGAAUGUGGGCUCGUAUGGUCGGUUUAGGGUUGACGCGGCAGACUCGGACUCCCCGUUGAGUCGGCGGAACCAUGAAGGCGUGGUUGGAAGAAAUGAAUCGAAUCUGCGGAACGAAACAAUUUUUGAACAAGAUAAUAGUGACGACGAGGCGGAGGGAUUGCUUCUGAUGCCGCAACAACCACCUCAAAAUGCCGCUGCUAAUGCGCCAUAUGAGGAUCCGUUUUCGCCACACACUGCAGCGCGGCCUCGUCAGAUACCUCCGUCCUCCUCACCACCGCGAAUACCCUUGCCCUUACCCCCACCGCAACCCUCACCGCAACCUGCUCCGAAAUCCGCGUCAAAAUCAAAUCGCUCGGUACCCACCUUCCCACCGGCGCCGACUUCACCUCCGCCUCCGCCCCCGCCUAUCAAUCGGUCAUCUCCUCGUGCACAACGCGGAGUUCUACCUUCCACCAGACCUCCGCCACUCCCAUUAUCGACAAGUCACGAAAGAAGCGACAGUGCCUCUAUACGGUCACUUCCACGACAACCACAUGCACGCACCAACUCAGACAGCUCAUCUAUUCGCUCAUUACCCAUGACACCGACUCCCCCAUAUGCUCGUGGGACCAGCCAGCAGCAGCAACAGCAGCAGCCAGUCGCAUCACCAGGAAGCGAUUCAACGUUCACCCCGCCCAAUUCUGCUCCCCCAUAUGUACAACGGCCAUCGCUGGAUUUGUCCCAUUCACCUCGGGUCCCUUCAAGACCGCUUCCGAGCGCCAACUCGAGCAGCGAACGGACGAUGCGUAGGCUACCCCGGCCGCCGGGCUGA